CGGCGCCUGGUUUCAAACCCGUCCUCGCACCGCACCGCACCACAAACCGAGGGACCCGGCCGGAGCCAGGGAAAAAAAAACCUCGCCGUCCCCAACCUCUCGCUGCAAAAGGUUGGUUGGCAUGGCGUCAAAGCGCAUCCUGAAGGAACUGAAGGACCUGCAGAAGGAUCCUCCCACAUCAUGCAGCGCAGGUCCUGCUGGUGAGGACAUGUUCCACUGGCAAGCAACGAUUAUGGGACCCCCUGACAGUCCCUAUGCCGGCGGCGUUUUCUUGGUGAACAUUCAUUUUCCUCCGGAUUACCCCUUCAAGCCCCCAAAGGUAUCUUUCAAGACAAAGGUCUUCCAUCCUAAUAUCAACAGCAAUGGAAGCAUAUGCCUUGAUAUUCUUAAGGAGCAGUGGAGCCCUGCUUUGACAAUCUCCAAGGUAUUGCUCUCUAUCUGUUCCCUGCUGACCGAUCCCAACCCGGAUGACCCUCUUGUCCCCGAGAUUGCCCACAUGUACAAGACGGACCGGUCAAAGUACGAGACAACAGCCCGCAGCUGGACGCAGAAGUACGCCAUGGGUUGAAGACCUGCAUCGCGGACUACUGUCAUGUCGUGUCAAGAAAAUAUUAUGGGCCAUUGUUUUCUUUCAAUUUGUUGCUGGUUGUGUGUAUCUGAUCCGCAAGGAUCUAAUUGUGGUCGAUGUCGGGCCUGUCAUCAUUGCCAUUAGUAUUGGCAGACAUGCAUGCCUAUCUGCCUAUGCACCUAUGCUUGUUGUUGGGUCAACCUUCGCUAGUGUUGGUGUAAUCUGGUAAAUGUUAAUCAAAACAUGUCAUUCGAGACCUUGUCCAGAUUUUUGUGUGGUUUUAGCUUAUAUACUAGUCCCUUCUCAUAUUUA